AUGGCCCCCUUUCGAAUGCCAUUCAGUAACCGCAGGGGUCCGGUCACUAAUGGCCUCGAGCCCAACAAUGAUGAGAAUGCUCGGCCUGCCACAAAUGGUGCGACAGUUGGCAAAGACUCGGUCGCAUUGGCAUCAAAAAGUGCUCGAGAUCAACCGAAUGAGUAUAAAAUGAGCUCUGGAAAAGCCAUCUCCUACAGAAAAGAAGAGCUUCUGGCACAGGACACCCACGUCGACGACAUCUUCGAACCAUCGAAGUCUGAUGUCGGACAACGAACCCUUCUCGAUAUCUCCACGGGCAUGCAGGACAUCUCGGGCAGAUCUCCGGUUUUACGAGGCGACAGCUUUCCAUCUCGUACCUCACUCGACUCGCGGGCUAUGAGGCUACCCCGAUCGUCGGUAAACGGGAGCACGUUCGAGAAACCACAGUCGACAGAAGAAGAAGGCUUUGAGGAUGUAGGCCUACAGGACGAAUCCAAACCAAAAAAGAAGAGCUUCUUGUCUCGUUUCGGAGAAUCAGCUUCUGAUACUCAUAGCUCCACUGGCGAUACCGGCAAAUCACAUUUUGGAUUGCAUCUUCCUGGCAGAAAACGUGGACAGAGUGGACAGGGGGCCGAGCUUGGACAUAUUGAAAGACCAGGAUCUAAGGGCAAAAUCGAUGGUGUUGUCCGAUGA